UUACAGCGGCGAGCAUUUCUCCUCCUGGAUGAAGAUCUCCGCAAAUGUGUCCCCCCUCUUCUGCACGCGGAGCUCUGAACCGACACACCAAUGAAUGCAAGGUCUCUGCCCGUUGGUUCGUCGCUUACGCCCCACGUCUCCUCCGUUGAAUGUCGCAAUGUUCGCGAAGAAGUGUGCAUUCGGGAUGGAGAAAGCGAAAUCGAUUCGAUGGGUUUUCUCGGUCAGCUGGGUCGGCUGUCGAAGAGAAGGCAUAGCCAACAUCACAGCAAAGUCAUUGGCACGCUGUCUUCCAUACCGUGAUGCCUCCAUUGAUGGACACACUGACAGUUGGUGUGGUCAGGAUCGACUGCACAGGCUGAGAAAAUGCGACGUAGCCAAGGACUGACAGGAACAGCCAACAUAAGAUCGGUAGCGUGUGCAGGCGCCUUCCUCCCUCCCCCACCUUCAGCCUCAAAGUCGGAAGGGUUCUUGGGGUCUCUGAGCUGCCUGCCUUGUGUCUCCAGCGCAACCUUGAAACCAGCAGGACUCAAGUCCUUGACCCGUUGCUUAAGAAACACGCGACCGGAGGCGUACGUCUGGACCUGCACUCGCACAGCAUUUGGGGGCGAUCACUUUGGUGCACGGUCACUCCGUACUUGAACGAGGAGGACGGGCGUCGACGUAAAGGUCGCCUCAGGUGGAAAUGGCACCGGCACGAACUGCUUGUUGCCAGGGACCGACACCGUCCCAGCUGAAAGACACCAUUCCCAGCAGAUGGGGGAUCGCCGGCUGUGCAUGAAUUGAGACCUUACCGGCGACAGUGAGGCCCUGAGGGAUGGUUGUCACGAGCUUGUGCACGCCGCUCUCCACCACCAUCCAGUCGAUUGGGGUGCGAAGGUGCCACUGGUCGCGACACGGCGCCGGUUCGUCAAGCCUAAGCUCGAAGGAGCCAGGUUGGACAUUGCGGAUGCGCACCACCGCCUCCUGUCUGCCCCUCAUGUCAGGCACUCCCCCAAUCACAACCGGCAUUACGAACGAGCUCUUGGUCUGAACGGGUAUCCAGGCCUUCACAUCAUUGUCUACACGACCCAACUCAAUUGGAAGAGGGGGCCCUUCAGCUGACAGACACACAGGAGCCAGCGCAUCGGAUCGGUUUGUCUGUCUCUUCCCCUCUGCCACCCCAGAUGUCUCACUGACCCUCGGUUUGCAUGAGGGAAAUGGACGUGGUGUUGUUGGUUGUGUUGGCUGGUGGGGCAGGGGCCGACUCAUUCUGGUGGGUUGAGGGCAGGGGGCAUCCCCCGGCCGUUAGGCUGUCCUCGAGGCCCUUGAUGGUGUUGUCCAGAGUGGAUAUUCGCUGCGUCUGCACGACGCAAACCAGGAAACAUACACACAUCUGGAGUGGCUGCCUCUGACCAGGUUUUGUGCGACAAUGCCGAGAUUCUGGUUGACAACCGACUACGGAACAACAAAACCGCCAAGCGAACAUCUCUUUGGCGCGACUCUCAAGCUUGUCGGUGCCCACCUUCUGAUUGAUCAGCCCACUGCAGUUUGCCGCCGGACACGCACAAGGCGCACACAAUGGACAUACCACCCGCUCGCAGCAUUCAUACUCGUAUGACACCUUCUGCCCGGCUGAGCCUCUCUUCAGAUGGAAGCUGUUUAGCCCUUCGUUGGCCUCGCACUCGAGGCGGUGCCUGUCGAGAUGGAACCAUGCCGCCGGGUCUGCAGAACCGCCGUCAGUCUCCAUCGGGGUGUUGAGGGAUCGGCAGCUGAUUGCCGUCUGCUGCUCGGGCGUGUAUUGGCUCAUGUUGGUACAUUUGUACUCGUACCUGUGGCAUGGGCCGACAGAUAGAUGGAGAAACCUGUCCUUGACAGGCUUACUGAUAUUGUCCCGAAUGUGAUCUCCUCAGGUGGACACUCGUGAGGACCUGCCAGGUCCAGGGAGAGAAAGGAGGAUGUCUUCCCAGCCACCGCAUGUAUGCGGUCAAGUCUCACCCCUCUUGCAGGGCAUUUGACGUGGUGUCUGUCCAGAUAAACGAGCCUGCCGUCUCCCUCGUCAUUCUGUUCGAAGACAGACACAGACAGACAGGCGUGGGUCCUUAAGGCCGUCCUGUGUGAAACGUCACCAUGGGUGUGGCCCGUUCGAUCAAAUCAGCGCCGCCAACGAGGCCGCAACCUGCAGGAACAAGAACAGACCCACGAUCUCUUGUAUUUCCCAGCCCUCCGAGAGGGAGGGCGUUCAACAUGCAGAAACAUACAUACAUACAUACAUACAUACGUACACGUGUAGACGAACUGAGCCUUGGUGCCGUUUUCAUGGGCCGCGCGCAUCUUCCUUAGCGCACCACUGGUGCCGCAGUCAACAUGGUGCCGGUCAAAGAAUAUUCUGCAGUACACAAGGGAAAGACAGAGCUGACAUCCCUUUGCAGUGACCUAUUCCAUUGUCGCCUUACACGUUGUGGCAUUCGUUCCAGGGUGUGGCGCGCUCCUCGCAGAAGGCUGCAGGGUCGCUUGCUGCACCAGACACACACACAGAGAUUAGUGCAAAGUGGAGAUUCUCGCCAGAUCUACCUGUCACGUUCGCCAUCGCCAUCGACACAUCAAGUGUGGCGGGCUCAGCCGAUGACAACACAUCGCGCAGAAAUAGCCUUGCUGUGACAGCUGACGGCAGCAAAGCGCAGAGCGGGAGCAGCGGGAAAAACAUGGCCGCCAGCAU